AUGUCCGUGGGCAAGGGCGAGCGUCGCCGCCGGCGCAAGGUGACGUUCAAGAACAUGUACGCGCCCGACGUGGUGCCGCCCCCCAAGGUCGAGAGCUACGACGAGCUCGUGUUCAACGUGGCCGGGCUGUUCCACACGACGUCGUUCCUGCACGACCCCGAGGACUGGGGCGAGGACCCCACGUCGGGCAGCAUGUCGUCCGAGGACGAGUACUACGACCCGGAGCCGCCGCUCGAGCGUUCCGUGCCGCUCAUGAUCGCCGAGUUCCUCUACCGCUCCGCCGUGUUCCUGGGCUACCCGCAGGGGGACACGCCGUGGCUGCCCGGCUUCCGCGAGGACAAGAAGUUCUCGGGCAACGACGUCAAGCGCUGGCGCCGCCUCGCGCACUUCGACUGGGAGACGGAGGAGAAGGAGUUCCAGCGGUGCCACCGCGCGCCGCCGCCGCCCACGCUCGGCCGCACGGCGUCGGUCGAGUCCAACGGCCACACGUCCGUCAAGACGACGCUGGGCGCCAGCUUCCACAUGCGCCGGCACGACAGCAGCGUGAGCGUCGACUCGGCCGAGUCCACGUCCAGCAUGCGCAGCCAGGAGAGCCACGUCUCAGGUAAGGGCAAGACCAAGUUCCGCUCGGCCGUGUCGGGCUGGAUCCGCAAGCAGCGCCGCAACCACAGCAAGGAGAGCAACACAGUGGAAGAGCCCCAGCGCCAACCAGAGCCCGAGAGCGACGACCAGAGCGAAGAGAAGAAGAAGCGACACAAGCGCAAGCCCGUGUCGUGGCUCAACCCGCCGCCCAUCUCGUCGUCUCGAGACCUGAGUCUGCUCGUGGACAUUAUCAACUCGUGCGUCUACUGCGGCCAGUUCCAGUUCAGGAAGCGCGACAUCGUGCGUCUCUGCAAUGUCAGGAUUUAG